GCGGCGCCGCAUUUAAUCCUUCAUCUCGAUAACCUUCACAGUAUGGCCUCAGUUAUCCUCGUCACAGGAGGUUCUGGCCUCGUUGGAAAGGCGAUACAACAUGUUAUUGAGAACGAACCCGCUGGCUCCAGAUUUGGCAAGAAGGAGAACGAGACAUGGAUUUUCGUGGGCUCCUCAGACGCGGAUUUGAGAGACCCAGAACAGACGCGUAAAAUGUACGAAAAAUACCAGCCAACACACGUUAUCCAUCUCGCGGCGCUUGUUGGUGGGUUAUUCCAUAACAUGAAGUAUAAGUUGACCUUCUUGCGAGAGAAUAUCUUGAUCAACGACAACAUCCUCCAUACAUCAUACACACACAAGACUCAAAAGCUCAUUUCUUGCCUUUCUACCUGUGUCUUCCCCGAUAAGGUCGAAUAUCCUCUUGAUGAACACAAGAUACACAGUGGGCCUCCCCAUGACAGUAACUUCGGCUAUGCCCAUGCCAAGCGAUUGGUAGAUGUUCAAAACCAUGCAUACAAGGAAGAAUUUGGAUGCAACUUCACCUCCGCCAUUCCGACUAACGUAUUUGGUCCUCAUGACAAUUAUGAUCUGGAACACUCUCAUGUCAUACCCGGUCUCAUUCAUAAAUGCUACCUUGCAAAGAAGAAUGGCACUCCAUUCGUCGUGUCUGGGACCGGGAAGCCUCUUCGCCAAUUCAUUUAUUCGAGGGAUCUCGCCAAACUGUUCAUCUGGAUGCUCCGAGAGUACGAUGACGUCGAACCUAUCAUACUUUCAGUCGGCGAAGAUGAAGAAGUGAGUAUCAAGCAAGUUGCCGACGCUGUUGUCCAGGCCAUUGGUUUUCAAGGAAACUACACGUUCGACACAACUCGCGCUGACGGUCAAUUCCGAAAGCCCGCGUCGAAUAAAAAGCUUCUCUCCCUUAUUGGAGACUUUACUUUCACGCCAUUUGAACCAGGAAACUAUUAUCUUCUUUUUGACGUGAUGAACCCUGACAACUUCCUUCUAGCUUUAAUGGAGUCCGCUAAAUGGUUUGCGGAUAAUUACGAUAAUGCCAGGACGGGAAAGAAGUAAACCUGAAAUAGAUAUCUUGCACAGUUGGUUGGCAUUAACUAUUCAGAAGUAUCCAUUCGUGCACUAUUUUGACCCUGAUGUAGAUUGUAAUAACCCGGGAACAGGUAUACAUAUCUUGGUUAGAGCUCUCAUCUUUACCGGGAGCCUCGUCCCGCACGUUAAACCGGAAUGUAAUAAAAGGCGAUAAUUCAACCC